AUGAGUUUGUCGGUGGCACUACAACAACAGCAGCAGCAACAACAACAUCAGCAACAACAUCAGCAACAACAACAGCAGCAACAACAACAGCAACAACAUUACUAUGGACCCCCAACGCUGUCGCCUAUAUCAGAUCAUUUCCCCGGCACAGAUGCCUAUGAACUGAAAGGGCAGAAAAGAUUAUGGCAUUCAAACCCACUUAUCGAAGCUAGCAUCAGCAGCAAUGAAGAUGACAUCAUUGCCAGUCAGGAGAAUUUGAAAUUGACAGCCAAAAGUUUGCAGAGCAAGAUGAGUAAGAUAACUAAGGAGGAGGUGCUUAUUGAACAGUCCAUCAUCAACUUGAAGCAAAACCUGAAUCAGUUAAAUGAAAAAGUUUCAUCAGAGGACAGAUUUGAAGAUGAUAGUGCAUCAAAUGAACAACAGCAGCAGCAACAGCAGACAACCGCAUCAACAAUUUCAUCAUUAUCAAGGGCUAUUUAUAGCCAAAAUAAGCCCUUAUACAGACAGCCUUCUGAUACUGAGAUCUACCAUGAGAAUCAAGAGAAAUUCCAAAAAUUUAAAAAGUUAUUAGUAGCCCAUUUAGCUAAGAAACAACAAGCCGAAAAAAUAAGGGUAAGAUAUUUGACAGAAAGAUACAAUCAACUGCACAAUCAGUGGAUGAAAAAACUGAACCGGAAGGAAAAUACUUCCGUUAAAAAGGAAAAAGAUGCUAAAUAUAAGGAGUUCUUUGAGAAAGUUUUCCCCGACUUAAAGAAACAAAAAGAUGACAAAUGUAAAUUGCAAAGGUUCGCCAUGCCAGCCAACAGGCCAGCUGGUUAUGCAAGGAGUGAGGCCAAUAUGGAGGAGAUUAUCAAUGAGAUACACGACCAAGAGGUUAAGAUAGAGAGAAUGAAAAAGUUGUCGAUAACACCUCCUCCACUGCUGGACAUAAAGAGGAGAUCGCGAAGGAUCGUUGACGAGAACCGCCUAAUUAGGAGUAUUGAUUACGCUCCGAAACCAUGGAACUCCCUGGAGACUGAGAUAUUCGCUGAGAAGUAUCAGCAGUAUCCUAAAAAGUUCGGCAUGAUAGCUGACCAUCUUGAGAAUAAAACGGCCGGUGACUGCGUCCUCUUCUACUACUUAACCAAGACCGAAGCCAAUUAUAAACAAACCGUUAGGAGGAAUCAAAAUAAUAGGAAGAAGGAGAAGAAGUUUAGAGGGCAACAACAAUAACAACAACAAUAAUAAUAAUAAUAAUAAUUAUCAUAACAACAACAACAUCAGCAACAACAACAACAAUAAUAAUAAUAACAACAAUGCUGAUAAACCACAGCCCGAGAUGAGAAAUAUUAAGAAAGCAAGAAGACCAUAAUAGAAUUUGUAUAGAAAUUCAUCUGGUAUGGUCACAGUCAUUGCAAGGAUAUCUGCCUCAAAAUUUAUUUCUUGCAAGAAUUCAUAGAUAUCAUCUGAUUUGUUCAACAAACUUCUUAUGUUUAUAUAAAGGACGCUGAACAAAUCAUCUUUAUAAUGUUUCUUAAGUGUAGUCAUAUUUGAAUUGAAAUUCAUUACAUUAAAAGUUU